AACCGUCAUUGCAUAUUCCACAAUCGCAAGAUGAAGUACCUGGACGCUUUGGUUCCCUACGUCUUUUCAACGGCUCUUCUCACUAGUGCAUCUCCACCCCGCUGUAAAUGCACUCCCAACGAUACCUGCUGGCCCUCAUCUGCAGAAUGGUCGGCCUUCAAUGACACCCUCUCCGGCCGUCUAUAUCGUGGCGUCCCCCCCGCUUCGGUCUGCUACCCGUCCCAACCGAAUUAUAACGAAGACCGAUGUGCAUUCGUCCGCUCACAGUGGUUCAACUCAACGUGGCAUGCAGAGGAUCCGAUAAGUAUUGACUAUCCCAUCUGGACAAACAACUCUUGCAACCCCAUCUAUCCAAAUGGCACCAGUCUCACAGGAGACGUCAAUGCUGGCAAAAGAGGCUGUUCCAUUGGGAACUAUCCGGCUUACGUCGUCAAUGCUACAUCUGCAGAGCACGUAAGUAAGGCAUUGAAGUGGGCGGGAAAGAAAAACAUUAGGGUCGUGGUGAAGAGUACGGGCCAUUCGUUUGCGGGCAGGAGCACGGGAUACGGAAGCCUAUCGAUUUGGACCCAUAAUAUCCGGGGUAUCGAGUACAUGGACUCUUUCAAACCCACGUCCUGCCCAAUUCAGAAGCCCUUGAAUGCCGUUCGAGUUGGAGCUGGACAUACGGGCGUCGACGUGCAGGCCGCACUAUCAAAGUUCAACAGAAUCGCCGUCACCGGUGCCAACCCCGACGUGGGCGUCAUCGGAUGGCUUACAGGUGGCGGCCACGGUGCACUGUCAACAACGUACGGCAUGGGUGCCGACAAUCUUCUCGAAGCCACCAUCGUAACGCCCGAUGGUAAAGUCCUCGUCGCCAACCCUUGCCAGCACUCUGACAUCUUCUUCGCCAUCCGAGGCGGAGGCGGUGGAACCUAUGGUGUCGUCCUUCAAGUCGUACUCGCCACAUACCCCUCGCCCAGGACGACACAACAUUCACUUACCGUGAGCUCGUUGAGUGUGAAUACUUCAACCGAGUUCUGGGACUUGGUGGGCUUCAUACACGCCGAGAUGCCGCGUCUCAAAGCAGGUGGUAUGCAAGGAUACUAUUACAUGAUGGGACCACCCGUGUUUCCCACUCUCUCGCUGUUCUGGGGCUUUCUGGUCUUUGACAAACCGAACGGAACGGUUGAACGACUGAUCGCUCCCAUCGAGGAGAGGCUUAGGCGAGACGCACAUCUUUUCGCAUACGAGUCCGAGAUUUUGCACUCGCCCAACUUCUGGGAUCUCUGGCGCCACAGCACGAACCAAGAAGUGGCAUCGGGGGGCUCGGCAAUUGGAUCGAGGCUGCUAAGUGCAGAGAGUCUUUCGGAUGCGAGUGCAACUGCCAAGGUGUUUGCACAGGUUGGACCCGAUCCACUCGGCUCAAACGCCCCGAUCGCAAAUCCGAUAUUGGUCGGUCAUAUGAUCGCGCAUCCCAACGAACCCAGUUACUAUCCCGACGUCAUCUCGAUGAACCCGGCGUGGCGGAAGACGCUGACGCAUUUCAUCGUGAUAGACGUAUGGCCGGAUGGCGUUGCGCCAGAAGUCAUUCGAACCGUGUACCAAGAUUUGACGAACAACAAGACUGAACAGCUACGCAGGUUGUCACCGGACACUGGUGCAUACUUGAACGAGGCUGAUGCAUUUGAGCCGGAAUGGCAGAAGUCAUUCUUCGGGAAACAUUAUGGAAGGUUGAGGAAGAUCAAGCAGAAGUAUGACCCAAACAAUGUUCUCUGGUGUAGGCAGUGCGUCGGUAGUGAGGCGCUUAUUGAGCGGGAGGACGGAGGGCUUUGCGAAAAUCGGGCUUAGGAGAGCGAUGGAGGUGGAACAAGGGAGAGGCGAUUGUGGACAAAUGAGGCAAAGAGGUUUUCGAUAAGUGCACAGUUGUCGUUGGUACGACCCUCCAUUGCGAAGCAAAGUCUAGGGCUGUACUCUAUCUUUCUAUAUCGCAGCAGCUAAUUGGACAAC